CACAGCGGCAGGAGACGGUACCUCAGAAAGCUCCAGGGCACAGCGGCAGGAGACGGUACCUCAGAAAUGCCAGGGUCACUGAACGACAGAAAUACUGAAAUAAAAGUACCUAAUUAAGUUUGCUGAAGAUGACGCUGUGAUGCAACUGAGCUAACUGAAGAACAGGAGGAACAGAGAGAGAGGGGGGGGAAACUUCCCAGAGUAGCGAGAGAAGAGAGGGCAAGCUUUGAUGUUGGAGCGACGCUGUAGUGUACACCUUUGAUUCAAACAUCCCCCGUACACCAUAACAACUCGUUCACUCCCAUCCUCCCCUCCUCUUCCUCCUUCCUCCUUCCAUACCUUACCUUCAGUAUCACUUCCUCCAUCCCCAUUUCCCUCCAAUCCUGUUCCAUACCUUACCUUCAGUACCACUUCCUCCAUCCCCAUUACCCUCCAAUCCAACCUUAGUCUGAUCGUUGUUUGUUCAAGGGCCAGCACCCCCCCCCCCCCCCCCCGAAGUGUUUUUCUCCUUUCAUCCAUCCCCCAUGAAUAAGAACCCUUUGAGUUCACCUUUGAUGAGGCCUUAAAACACGGCAUCCCGCUAUUUAUGUAAAAGGUUCCACAUCACAUGCAUGUUUGUAUGUGUACAGGGACAUCCAUUUGACAUCAAGGCAUCAGGGACAUAAAAUUAUGGAGUUGUACAAAUGGUUUGAUCAGCUGCAUAGAUUCCCCCUGAAAUGUGUCUUUUGAUAACAUCUGAGAAGGCUUAUAUUUCUUUGAACAUGAACAUACAUACACACUCUCAUACGAACAACACACACACACACACACAAAACGCUGUAUUUUUGGUGUUGCAAAUGUGUUUCUAAUUUGUUCUCCCAACACUUCUAAUGAUAUAAUUAGAUUUACUGAUUGACAGAGAGGGACGAGGCGAACGGUCAUCAGUUUCCCAAGGCUUCAGCUUGACCAGAGAACAGCAACAACCCCUACAGCCUCUCUCCCCUCAGUAAGGCGACUCGCCAGGCCUGCCUGAUGGGGGGAGGAGAGGAGGAGAGGAGGAUGACAGGGUUAGGCCAGGGGGAGGCUAGGGAAAGACCCUUUUUGUUUUGUUGUUGUGGUUGUACUAAUUUGACAUUUGACAAAGUCCUGUGUCAUCGAGUUCCUCAAGUGUGGUAAUUAAGAGUGGCAGGUCACUCCUGAAAGAGGCCUAAAAGCAGACAGGGUCUCUGCCAAUCAGCUGCAGGCAGGGGGUGGAGGGGGGGCCCCUCCCCUCUCUCCCUCUCCCUCCCCUCUCUCCCUCUCCCUCCCCUCUCUCACUCUCCCUCCCCUCUCUCACUCUCUCUUUCCUUGGGAAAUUGUUAUUGAGAAAGAGAGAGAGAAAUAUAUUUUAUUUCAGUUCAUGAAACAUGGUACCAACACUUUAAAUGUUGCAUUAAUAUUUUUGUUCAGUAUAAAAAUGAAAUCAGACGUAGUGCAUACAUUGCACACUAUGAAUAUUCAGUUGUCUGGAAAUUCUCAUGGAAUAACAAUCGGAUAAGCCUUUAUAACCUUUAAAUGUAUAUUAUUGUAUAUGAAUUGACUGUAAUUUGCUCUGUAAAGAUAAGUAUCCUCAUACCUGCCUGUGUGUCUGAAGAGAGAGAGAGAGAGAGAGAGAGAGAGAGAGGAGAGAAGAGAGGAGUAGAGAGAGAGGAGAGAGAGAGAGAGAGAGAGAGAGAGAGAGAAGAGAGAGAGAAGAGAGAGAGAGAGAGAGAGAGAGAGAGAGAGAGAGAGAGAGAGAGAGAGAGAAGAGAUAGAGCUUUUGUUUACUAUCUACUUCACUUGCUUUUGGAAUGUUAACAUACGUUUCCCAUGCCAAUAAACGCCUAACAUUGAAAGAGAAAGGAGAGAGGACAGACAAAAAACAUAAAGAGGAGCACAGGAAAGAGACAGGGAAGAGACAAAAAGAGGAGAGACAGACAAGAAAAUAGCGAAAGAGAACAAGAAAGAGAGCGAGAGAGAGAGAGGCUAGCAUUUUUCAAAACGAGUCUAGCAUCACUCAACAGUGAAUGUUUUUUCUGUUGGCUCACUGACCGCCAGAGAAACAUUAGCCCACCCUGGUUUCUGCUUGAGAAGACAAACACACACCAAACAGUAGCAAUACAAUAAUCACCCCCCCCUCUCCCCUCCCUCCCCCGCCAUUCUCAUUGUCUUGGUGUGUUUAAGAAAAGCUGUCUCUAAUGAGGGGCUAAUAGGUGGGAUUGGGCCCCAAUUCAGGCCCUCUCUCGUGGGUAUUGUUCAUAUUGUAACGGCUGCCUGGGCUCCAGCUGUAGAGCCUGCAGGUAACAUAUUGUUACCCCCGACCUACAUACAUAUGAAUGGGAAUGACAUGCAAAUCUAUCGGGCUAAAACAAGGAUUAUUUUGUAUUUACAGUCAAUGACAAUCAAGAGGUAGAGAGGGAUGUUGGUGGUGUGGGGGUGGUGUACACCUGAGGAUGCUUAGGAAGGGAUAUGUGUUGUUGUAAGAAGUAACAGGAGGAAGUGGGACACUGGGACAUGUAAUAAGAUGGGAAAUUGGACACUGUGUUCCCUACCUUAGUCCCCUAACGUAUGCUAACCUUAUUAUAAUUUCUUACUCCCUCUUCCCAGGUCUUCUCUCUCUCUCUCUCUCUCUCUCUCUCUCUCUCUCUUCCUCUCUCCCCCCCCCCUCUUCUCUCCUCGCUCUCCUGUCUCUCUCUUGCUCUUCCCCCCCCCCCCCCCCCCCUCUCUCUCUCUCUGCUCCCCCUUGUCUUUCAUUCUGCCCACCUCCACUGUCUACAUUAGUGUUGUUUGUAGGCUGGCUAGUCUUUCAUCUGUCCAGUGUUUUUAUGUUCUGUGCUCUUCAGCACAAAGGCUCCUCUACCUCACCUCUAGGUUGGUUUUGAUGAAUACACCAAUUGUAAAGGGGUCUCCAUAGAACAGGUGCAGGAACCUCCUCUGUUCCUGACUGAAGGUGCACAGACACAGUCACACACAGGAGUUACCAGACAAUGCAAGCCAACCACACGCUCCUUGGGAUUUGUAAGGAAGUGCUAGAUGCUUAUUUGGUCAGCGUAACACAUUUGUUAUUGUGGUUAUAGAGUAGAAGAUAAGUCAAUUAACACACAUAAAUAUUUAAGAGGGCCAGUUUGCAGUUCUGUUGUACUUUGCAUAACUAAAUACUGUAAUAGUUACAUAUAUACACAUAUUGUCACAUAUGUCACAUGUAGUCCUUUCUCCUGCUUUUUAAAUCAUCUGUGUUUCCAUUUCUUGAUGCAGGGCAGACUUCCACAACAGGCCUUAUCUCGUCUAGUUUCUGCUGGCAAUGCCCUGUGAUGGCUAUGGCUCUGACUAUGAACAAACACCUCCACCGUGUGGUAAUAAGGUGCACACACAGCAUUCUGGUCAAUAAUCUACCACUCCAAAAUUGUCAGUUGUUGGCUAUUUAGAAUACUCAAAAAGAACUGCUUGUUGUCCAGGGCAUGUCCCAGAGGUGGUCCCACAGUCAGCUACUAGUCUUGUUCCAACGCAGUAAUAAUUCGUCACAUUCAACUAAUCAACUUUAAACACUUGGUUAGUUAAAUCAUAUCUGUUAAUGCAGUUUGAAGAAAGACUAACUAGUGUUAGUUCAAUCCGUGUUUACCAUGUCUUAAAUAGCGCAUUUCACCAAACUGUGAAUCACUGAGUCACUUUCUCAAUUCUUUCUCACUUUCUUGUACUCAUAUCCUUCCAUAUCCUUGUCUGUACAUAAUGCCCUGAAUCUAUUCUACAACGCCCGGAAAUCUGCCCCUUUUAUUCUCUGUACCCAACGCACUAGAAGACCAGUUCUUAAAGCCUUUAGCCGUAUCCUUAUUCUAGUCCUCCUCUGUUCCUCUGGUGAUGUAGAGGUUAACCCAGGCCCUGCAGCCCCCAGUAUCACUCCUACUCCCCAGGCGCUAUCAUUUGUUGACUUCUGUAACCGCAAAAGCCUUGAUCAGAAGCCUCCUCCCUAAGUUUGAGCUAUUCACUGCGUUAGUACACUCUGCCAACCCUGAUGUUCUAGCAGUGUCUGAAUCCUGGCUUAGGAAGGCCACCAAAGAUUCAGAAAUGUCUAUUCCCAUCUACAACAUUUUCCGUCUAGAUAGAACUGCCAAAGGGGGCGGGGUUGCAAUCUACUGUAGAGAUAGCCUGCAGAGCUCUAUCAUACUAUCCAGGUCUGUGCCCAAACAGUUUGAGCUUCUACUUCUAAAAACCCACCUUUCCAGAAAUAAGUCUCUCACUGUUGCUGCUUGCUACAGACCCCCAUCAGCCCCCACCUGUGCCCUGGACACCAUAUGUGAAUUGAUUGCCCCCCAUCUAUCCUCAGAGUUCGUAUUGCUUGGUGACCUAAACUGGGAUAUGCUUAACACCCCGGCCGUCCUACAAUCUAAACUAGAUGCCCUCAAUCUCACACAAAUUAUCAAGGAACAUACCAGGUACAACCCUAAAUCCGUAAACAUGGGCACCCUCAUAGAUAUCAUCCUGACUAAUUUACCCUCUAAAUACACCUCUGCUAUCUUCAACCAGGAUCUCAGCGAUCACUGCCUCAUUGCCUGCGUCCAUAAUGGGUCCGCGGUCAAACGACCACCCCUCAUCACUGUCAAACGCUCACUAAAACACUUCAGCGAGCAGGCCUUUCUAAUUGACCUGGCCCGGGUAUCCUGGAUGGAUAUUGACCUCAAACCGUCAGUAGAGGAUCCCUGGAUGUUCUUCAAAAGUGCUUUCCUCUCCAUCUUAAAUAAGCAUGCCCCAUUCAAAAAAUUCAGAACUAAGAACAGAUAUAGCCCCUGGUUCACCCCAGACUUGACUGCCCUUGACUAGCACAAAAACAUCCUGUGGUGUACUGCAUUAGCAUCGAACAGCCUCCGCGAUAUGCAACUUUUCAGGGAAGUCAGGAACCAAUAUACACAAUCAGUUAGGAAAGCAAAGGCUAGCUUUUUCAAACAGAAAUUUGCAUCCUGUAGCACUAACUCCAAAAAGUUUUCAGACACUGUAAAGUCCAUGGAGAAUAAGAGCACCUCCUCCCAGCUGCCCACUGCACUGAGGCUAGGAAACACUGUCAUUACCGAUAAAUCUACGAUAAUCGAAAAUUUCAACAAGCAUUUUGCUACGGCUGGCCAUGCUUUCCACCUGGCUACCCCUACCCUGGCCACCAGCUCUGCACCCUCCGCUGCAACUUGUCAAUGCCCCCCCCCCCCCCCCCCCCCCCGCUUCUCCUUCACCCAAAUUCAGAUAGCUGAUGUUCUGAAAGAGCUGCAAAAUCUGGACCCCUACAAAUCAGCUGGGCUAGACAAUCUGGACCCUUUCUUUCUAAAAUUAGCCACCGAAAUUGUUGCAACCCCUAUUACAAGCCUGUUCAACCUCUCUUUCGUAUCGUCUGAGAUCACCCGGGAAAUUGGAAAGCAGCCGCGGUAAUCCCCCUCUUCAAAGGGGGUGACACUCUAGAUCCAAACUGUUACAGACCUAUAUCCAUCCUGCCCUGCCUUUUGAAAGUAUUUGAAAGCCAAGUUAACAAACAGAUCACCGACCAUUUUGAAUUCCACCGUACCUUCUCCGCUAUGCAAUCUGGUCAUGGGUGCACCUCAGCCACGCUCAAGGUCCUAAACGAUAUUAUAACCGCGAUCGAUAAAAGACAGUACUGUGCAGCCGUCUUCAUCGACCUGGCCAAGGCUUUCGACUCCGUCAAUCACCGCAUUCUUAUUGGCAGACUAAAUAGCCUUGGUUUCUCAAAUGACUGCCUCGCCUGGUUCACCUACUUCUCAGAUAGAGUUCAAUGUGUCAAAUCGGAGGGCCUGUUGUCUGGACCUCUGGCAGUCUCUAUGUGGGUGCCACAGGGUUCAAUUCUCAGGCCGACUCUAUUCUCUGUGUAUAUUCAAUGAUGUCAAUCUUGCUGCUGGUGAAUCUCAGAUCCACCUCUACGCAGACGACACCAUUUUGUAUACAUCUGGCCCUUCAUUGGACACUGUGUUAACAAACCUCCAAACGAGCUUCAAUGCCAUACAGCACUCCUUCCGUAGCCUCCAACUGCUCUUAAAUGCUAGUAAAACUAAAUGCAUGCUCUUCAAUCGAACGCUGCUUGCACAUGCCCACCCGACUAGAAUCACCACUCUCGGCAGGUCUGACUUAGAAUAUGUGGACAACUACAAAUACCUAGGUGUCUGGUUAGACCGUAAACUCUCCUUCCAGACUCACAUUAAGCAUCUCCAAUCCAAAGUUAAAUCUAGAAACGGCUUCCUAUUUCGCAACAAAGCCUCCUUCACUCAUGCUGCCAAACAUGCCCUUGUAAAACUGACUAUCCUACCGAUCCUUGACUUCGGCGAUGUCAUUUACAAAAUAGCCUUCAACACUCUACUCAGCAAAUUGGAUGUAGUCUAUCACAGUGCCAUCCAUUUUGUCACCAAAGCCCCAUAUACUACCCACCAUUGUGACCAGUACGCUCGUUGCCUGGCCCUCACUACAUAUUCGUCGCCAAACCCACUGGCACCAGGUCAUCUAUAAAUCACUGCUAGGCAAAUCCCCGCCUUAUCUUAGCUUAUUGGUCACCAUAGCCAACACCCACCCGUAGUAUGCGCUCCAGCAGGUACAUCUCACUGGUCAUCCCCAAAGCCAACACCUCCUUUGGCCGCCAUUCCUUCCAGUUCUUUGCUGCCAAUGACUGGAACGAACUGCAAAAAUCUCUGAAGCUGGAGACUCUUAUCUCCCUCACUAACUUUAAGCAUCAGUUGUCAGAGCAGCUUACCGAUCACUGCACCUGUACACAGCCCAUCUGUAAUUAGCCCACCCAACUACCUCAUCCCCAUAUUGUUAUUUAUUUUGCUCAUUUGCACCCCAGUAUCUCUAUUUGCACAUCAUCUUCUGCACAUCUAUCAUUCCAGUGUUAAUACUAAUUGUAAUUAUUUUGCACUAUGGCCUAUUUAUUGCCUUACCUCCAUAACUUGCUACAUUUGAACACACUGUAUAUAUAUUUUCUGUUGUAUUUUUGACUUUAUGUUUUGUUUUACCCCAUAUGUAACUCUGUGUUGUUGUUGUUUUUAUCGCACUGCUUUGCUUUAUCUUCGCCAGGUCGCAGUUGUAAAUGAGAACUUGUUCUCAACUGGCUUACCUGGUUAAAUAAAUACAUCUUCCGACUCUUUGUGUCCCCUCUCCUUGCACCCUUCUCAAAACACAUUGGAGAAGGUCUGAAGGGAGGGACCCCCUGCUCCAAUACGCUCGAGCAGGAGGCAGGGAGAUGGGAUGCGAGGAAUCGAGGUAAAAUGAAUUGAGUCUGACUGUCAUUUGACUAUACUGUCCAUUUAUAGUUUUCUUCUACAGCUAGUUUAUCUUCACCACUAGAUGGCAGGCUUACCCUUCUCAAUAUACCGCAUCAGCUGUAGACACCUCCAGUAGCAGACAGACAGACAGACAGUCAGACAGACUCAGUUUUAGAUUUAUUUUAAGUAACUACAUGCUACUAUUCACUAGCAUUAUCUGAUAUAAGUAAAGUGUAACUAAUAUAGUACACUGCAAAAAAAUAAGGGUGCUUUGCAGUUCUAUAUAAAACCUUUUUGAGGGUAUGAAGCGGGAUAUUGAACCCUUCAGCUUUAUGUAGGAUUACGGCACAAUUCAUUCUAUCAGGAAUUACACAGGCACAUGGACUCUGGGCUCUAUCUAGAUGUAAAUAGGACCACUGCUUGAUAAAGCACUAUCGAGAUCUAUGGUCUUUCAAACAACAGUCACUAGACGACGACCACUCCAUCUAAAAAAUAAAAAGAUGACGAAAUGCCUACAUUGCACACUAAGAAUAUUCAGCUGUCUGGAAAUUCUUUAUGCUCAUGGAAUAACAAUCGGAUAAGCCUUUAUAGCCUUUCAUUGUAUAUUAUUGUAUAUGAAUUGACUGUAAUUUCCUCUGGAAAGAUAAGAGAAUCGACUAAAAUGUAAAUGAAACUUUGUCCAAAGUCACAUAUGUUUUGAUGGAGAACUGCACUACCCAUUGGUUUUAUACCUGCCUGUGUGUCUGAAGAGAGAGAGAGAGAGAAAGAGGAGAGGACAGGAGAGAGAGAGAGAGAGAGAGGGGGGUGGGGGGGGGGAGUAGCCUAGGCUAUGUAUGUGGCAUUGAGGAGCACAGCGCAGCAGCACUGAUGCUGCGAUGCGCACGUUGCAGCCGUUAAAAUUCAUCGUGCAUUCCAGUACACCAAUGUUGUCAAAGCAUAGCCUACCAUUCAUCAUCUUGCUACCACCCACUGCAAUCGGAUUUUACUUUCCUUCUUCUCUUUGUUUAUGACCAUUUGAGUGGUCAACCCCGUGGUCUCAAAGUGGAGCCCCGAGGAUCUCGGAUUGGCGCGCUCAUACAGGGGCUCGGAGGCGCGCCCGGGACUUCCAGAUUUUUGCCCGGUUUCGUCGCAGCGGAGACCGAUGCCUCGAAUCGCCGAGACCGGAGAGGGUCUCAAAGGUCUAGGACGCCAGCGACGAGGGGUCGUCUGGCGCCACAGAACACCUUCCUAGACACAAUUGCAACCCGUUUUGAUGGGACCCGUAAGUAACCACUCCACGUGCGCGUUUUUAGCCCGGUGAUGCGAAGACCCACAGAACGCUCUGUGCGUAAAGUCCAGGAAAUGUAAAGUCUAGAAAAAUAACUAUACAACCCCAUAAUGUAGCAUUAUAUUAUGAGAAAGUGUCUCAAGAACCUCCCUGACCUGAUGUUCUGAUGCGUUGAUGUUGAUGUUUAUCUAGGACAGGGCUGUUCCUGGAGAGAUACCAUCCUGUAGGUUUUCACUCCAAUCCUGUUCCUGGAGAGCUACCAUCCUGUAGGUUUUCACUCAAAUCCUGUUCCUGGAGAGCUACCCUCUUUUAGGUUUUAACUACAACCCUGUUCCUGGAGAGCUACCCUCCUGUAGGUUUUCACUCCAACCCUGUUCCUGGAGAGCUACCAUCCUGUAGGUUUUCACUCCAAUCCUGUUCCUGGAGAGCUACCCUCCUGUAGGUUUUAACUACAACCCUGUUCAUGGAGAGCUACCAUCCUGUAGGUUUUCACUCCAACCCUGUUCCUGGAGAGCUACCAUCCUGUAGGUUUUCACUCCAACCCUGUUCCUGGAGACCUACCAUCCUGUAGAUUUUCAAUCCAACCCUGUUCCUGGAGAGAUAUCCCCUGUAGGUUUUCACUCCAACCCUGUUCCUGGAGAGCUACCCUCCUGUAGGUUUUCACUGCAACCCUGUUCCUGGAGAGCUACCAUCCAGUAGGUUUUCUCUCCAACCCCAGUUGUAACUAACCUGGUUCAGCUUAUCAACAAGCUAAUUAUUAGAAUCAGGUGUGCUAGAUUAGGGUUGGAGUGAACAUUUACAGGACAGUAGCUCUCCAGGAACAGGGUUGGAGAACUCUGGUCUAGGCUAUAUUCCAAAUGCACUCCGCACAAAUGAUUUGAUGCAUUCAUUAAUGCAUUAAUUAACAUAGUUUGAAGUUUUUCAAGCUUCAUUUGACAUGAUUGUAGUGUCAAAGAGCUAUAUAUCACAUCCCAGGAGGCAAGCUCCUCUUAAUCCUCAUAUAGAUGUGUUUUACCAAUACUAAUAAGAUAGAUGACUAGCUGAACUAGGGGUGUAUUGAAUGACAGAUCACCUGGGAUAUGCAUAUAGGCUACAUGAACUUCAAUAUACAAUAAGACAGAUGCACUCUCCCAGGUGCCAAAUAGGUAGUCCUGUCUUGCAGUCAAAUGACCAAAUCGCCCUCUAGUGGCCUCAUGGGUGGAAUGUUAUUAAUAUUAUUCAUAAUUUCAUAAUUAAUCAAUAUUAUAAAAUAAAAAAAUCUUAAACGGUUUUGUUAUAUUUCAGUGUUGUGUGAUGUAUAUAAAGUGUAAUAUUGGGAUACAAACUCAAAAUGCAAUACAUUUCAACUCUAUAUCUGACAUGGUACAGGUGUCUUCUUUUUGUAAGCCCAUAACCAUGUGUGUGAGGUGUAUACUUUUGUUUCAAAGUAGAUUUGUUUAAGACUACCAAGAAACACUCUGUGUGACCCUGAUUUAGCCCACUGCAGUAAAAG